AUGGUACGCUUCCAGAGAAAAGCGGAAACAAUGCACAUUAAUUGCGAGAGGCUUCUGUAUGACGAUAAGGGGAACUAUUCGAAGAUAAUGGCAGCAUCACGUACUAAGCUGCCCGAUCAAGGACUGUCGAUGAGCUGCGAACAUAUUCGAGCUCGAGUGCUUCCUCCGAAGCCACUUGAUCAACUGCUAUUUGGAGUAGCGCAUAUACGAAUAGUAUACGAGAGUUACGAGUUCCUCGAGGAUGAACUUAGAUCAAGUUAUCAUCCGCAGAAUAUCUUUUGUUAUUCUAUCGAUUAUAAAGCAAAGCAAGAAUUCACACAGAGGAUAGAAGCCCUCGCGAAAUGCCUUCCCAAUGUGCUUGUUCCUAAAGGUUGGCUGGUUAUGGAAAUUCUAUAA